UGGACAUUUCAAACGUCAAAGUCAACAAACACUUUCUCCUACACCUCUAAUAUCAUGUGUGUGUUCAAUACAAAUUAUUUCCAUCCACCAUUAGUUUCCUCCAUAUAUGCUGAUAAGGUUCUCUUCCAUUCUCCCACUGGAACUAACUAAAAAGCAGCAAUUCCUACCAAUUUUCCAUGGAAAAGUUUCACCUUUUCCCUCUCUUCCUUCUAUAUUUCCUUUCUCUUCUACUUUUCUCAUCAGCUUACACCCUUCAAAAUAAGUACUUCAUCAAUUGUGGAUCAAAGACCGACGUUACUGUCAAUGGUAGGAACUUUGUCGGUGACUCGAAUUCAAGCUCACUUUCAUUCUCUGUUGGACCAAGCUCUACUGUAAGUGACGCCAACUCAUCAACAAAUAACUCUCUGUAUCAAACUGCAAGAAUAUUCACAAAUCCAUCUUUCUAUGAGUUUGAUAUCAUUGACAAGGGCACCUACUAUGUACGUAUCCAUUUCUUUCCUUUCGUGUCUGGUAGGACUAAUCUGGCUGAUGCUCUAUUUGAUGUUUCGGCUUCUGAUUUUUAUCUGCUAUCAAAUUUUGCUCUUCUAAACAAUAGUAAUUCACCAGUUAUAGAGGAAUUCUUACUUACUAUCAAUGGAAGCAAGUUCAGCAUCCACUUCACUCCUCAUAAGAACUCUUUUGCUUUUGUUAGUGCCAUAGAAGUCUUUCUUGCCCCACCAAACUUCACUACUGAUGGUUUCCCUCAUGUUACUCCUAUGGGGGAUAACGGUAGUUACGAUGGUAUAGCAUCUCAGGUUUUUCAUACAAUUCACAGGGUCAAUGUUGGAGGUCCACAGACUAACGACACACUGUGGAGGAAUUGGAUACCUGAUGAUGAGUAUCUACUUUCUGCAGGAUACGCAAAAACAUGUGCUACUUAUAAUGGUACGCUUAUCUAUGAUGUUCUUGGAGGAAAUAAUUAUAGUGCUCCAGAUCUUGUCUACAAGACUUGCAAAGAAUUGAAUCCCACUGACAACAUGGGAUCAAAUUCUUCUAACAUAAGUUGGCAAUUUGGUGUGAGUAAGAGAUCCAGGCAUAUGGUUAGGCUUCACUUUUGUGAUAUCAUUAGCAAAGACCCUUAUUUUCUCAAGUUCAAUCUCUAUAUUUAUAGCAAUUUCAGUCAGGAGAUAAAUCCUUACGAUGAAACUGUUAAGGUGGCAGCUCCAUUUUACUGGGACUUUGUGGUUGAUUCAGAUGAUUCAGGGUAUAUGAACAUAAGUGUCGGGCCUAGGGAAGAUUCUAUAACUAAAACUGCCUAUCUAAAUGGGGUGGAGAUAAUGGAAUUUAUUAAAGAAUCAGACUUUGUCCAUAUUCCAGGCGAUCAAAAGAAACUAAUUUUUGUUGUGGUAGGUACAGUUUGUGGUGUGACCUUCGUUUUCAUUUUGGUAGUGCUGUUCUUGUUAAAACGCAUGAGAGCAAAGCAUGUUGAUGGGGUGGGUUCAAAGCCAGAGGUUCAUCUUGGAAAAGGAUCGACGAAUGCCUCCCUCGUUCGUAAUUUAAAUUUGAAGUUGAAGAUGCCUCUUCUUGAAGUACAAGGUGCUACUCAUAACUUUGAUUCCAAACGGUUGGUAGGUGAGGGUGGGUUUGGGAAAGUUUAUGAGGGAAGUCUUCAGAAUGGCAUGAAAGUGGCUGUGAAGAGAAGUGAUUCAAAGCAUGGCCAGGGCCUUCCAGAAUUCAAAACAGAAAUCUUGGUUUUAUCCAGAAUUCGCCAUCGUCAUCUUGUUUCCUUGAUUGGAUAUUGUGAUGAAGGGUCUGAGAUGAUACUGGUGUAUGAAUUUAUGGAAAAGGGAAGUCUGAGAGAACAUUUGUAUGAUUCCAAUGAGAACUCUUCUCAGAGAUCAGCUAAAAGGCCCACAUUGACCUGGAAGCAAAGGCUUGAGAUUUGUAUUGGUGCAGCAAAAGGCCUUCAUUACCUUCACACUUGCUUACAUGGGGGAAUCAUCCACCGUGAUGUUAAGUCAACAAACAUAUUGUUGAAUGAACAUUAUGUUGCAAAAGUUGCAGAUUUUGGUCUUUCAAGAUCCGGUCCUGAUGAUCCAGAACAUUUCAGUGUUGGCAUAAAAGGUAGCUUUGGUUAUGUGGAUCCUGAAUAUUUUAGGUCCUUUCAGUUCACAGACAAGUCUGAUGUCUACUCCUUUGGUGUUGUACUUCUUGAAGUGCUUUGUGCCAGACCUGCUAUUAUUGACUCACCGAAGAGGGAGGAGGUGAACUUAGCUGAAUGGGGGAUGUUAUGGCAAAAGAAAGGAGGACAACUUGAAAAGAUUAUGGACCCGCUUUUAGUGGGAGACAUUAACCCUGAUUCAUUGAGAAAAUUUGGUGAAACAGCUGUGGGAUGUUUGAAGGAAAAUGGAGCUGAAAGGCCUACUAUGCUUGAUGUGCUGUGGGACUUGGAAUAUGCAUUGCAGCUUCAAAAAACUGCAGUGCAAGGAGUACCAAAUGGGGACAGCACAACAAAUGCGAUUUUGGAAUUGCAUUUGACUCAAAAUUUGGGUUUGCUUCCUGAAAUCAUCCUUGAUGAGGGAGGUGUUGAAUGUAAUGUAGAGCCCUUAAGAGUGGAUAAUGGUUCGGAUAUAAAUGGAGUUUUCUCCCAAAUAGAGAUUGAUGGUGCAAGAUGAUCGAAAGUUGCUUUGUGGUGACAGGUGUACCAAGUUACCCAUGUAACAAUCAACGAAUGAACGUCGUGUAAUUCAAUUUUAUACUCUAUUAUCAAAGUUGGUCCCACUAAUUUUUCACAUAUUAUUCACUCAUUGAGUUGUCA